AUGGAAAAAAUUGAAUUUUUAGCUAAAUUAAUCAGUGAUAGUCUAGAUACAGGUUUAAGCAAAAAACCAGAUGAAAAAGAACGCUUAUGGACACUUAUAGAUUCGCAAGAAUAUAACUUCGUGACUUGUAAAACCUUGACCGAAUAUUGGUAUCUUUCAUUGAAAGAAGUAUUCAAAAAAAAUCCACAGAUUACUAGGAUUUCUUUUAUUCGUGCAAUUUACGAUAUCAUUCUGCAUGAAGAAUAUCCAUAG